CAACAAGCUGACAGACAGAACUGAAAUCAGAAUCCGAAAUGGGGAAUGGAAUGAGCGAGGUUUUGAAAGGGAUCUUUGUUGGCAACUUCAGAGAUUCCAAAGAUGAGACGCAGCUGGGCAAUAAUAACAUCACUCAUAUACUGUCAAUACAUGACAAUGCCAAGCCUAUAAGACCAGAUAAAGAAUACCUCUGUUUUUCUGCAGAUGAUGCACCAGGACAAAACUUAAUUCAAUUUUUUUCAGAGAGUAAUAACUUUAUCCAUAAAUGCAGACUAGAAGGAGGCAAUGUUCUCAUACACUGCCUUGCUGGUGUAUCUCGUAGUGUCACCCUCACUGUGGCCUACAUGAUGACUGUUACUGAUUAUAAAUGGGAAGAUUGCCUUCGAGCGGUCAAGACAUGUAGAACGGUUGCCCAUCCCAACUUUGGUUUCCAGAGACAACUGCAGGAAUAUGAAUACUCAAAAUUAGCAGAGUACAAGGAGGACAUAAGGCUCAAGUUCCCUGAAUACUUGCCAGAAGAAGACAUCAAGAAGAUGCAGGCCCUCCUGGAGAAGUACCACCAAGAGAACAAGGAUCCAAACCAGGGCAGAGAACCUCAUGAGGGGUUCAUCUACCCCCUCCCUAGGAAUGCCUACAACAUUAGAAUCAAGAAGGAGAAGGAGGCCAGGGAGAAGGCAGAGGCACAGGGAUCAACAGGAACGACUGAAUCAACGGCAUCAGCAACCUCAGAGGACUCAUCGGAAAACGCAGGAAUGCCCUUUGCAGAUCAACAAGAUUGAUACAUAGCAAGGAUUAGAUUCAAUGUUUUUGUAAUUUCUUGAUAUGUUUAUUAUAUAGCCGCCUAUUUAGUUCAAAUGAAAGACUUCUAGGAAGAAAAACGUGCAGUUGAUCAGAGGUUUGCCCUCAUUUGAGUACCGGUAUGUUUCCAAGUGAGAGUGGAAUCAAAAUUUGCCUUUGUCUUAUUUCAACAAAGGCCUUGAUGCUGUAGGGAAACUUGCAAUGGAUAAGGGAAGAAAGCUAUCUGUAAACCAGCCUCACAUCAUGCAAUUAUGUCUGUUACAUGUUUACAUGACUGCUAUCUUUUUUCAUCAGGGAUAUUGAUAGCUUGGUAGACAUACCAAGUCAAAAUAGGCUAUGAAGUGUAGUUUAUUAAAUACAUGUAGUAGUGUUUUCAGUGUGGUGAAAUAUCUUUGCUGUAAGGUAUUGACAUCGAUUAAGUGGUCAUUGUAGAUCAUAUUUAUACAUGUAUGUAUACCGUACACAGAAGACCAAUUCAGAUGAAUUUGAUCAAAAUUGAUCAAAUAAGCGGCCUUUACCAAAGAUAUUGAUUCAUAUUCUAGUCUGCCAUUUUGAUUCUUUUUAAAAACACUUCAUCAAGGCCCCUACUAUUGCAUAAUACUUUUUUAGUAUAUUUUUCUGCAGAUACUUAGAUAUUGGGUACACCCGUUUAUAGCACGUCAUUUGUAUUCUAGUAUAGUGUAGUGGAGCGCAGUGAAAUGUGUUCUGUGUAAGACUGGCUUUAGAAGUAUUUAUGCAACUGAGAAUAAGAGCUAAUGCUUGGUGAGUUCUUAAUGUUGGUCUUUGAUGCAUGUGCUUGUGCAGCUCUUGCAUCUAAGGUAUAAAUACAGCCUCUUCCUAGAGACGGGAUAUCUUCAAGCAUGUCAUGAAGCUAAAGCAAUAAUUUUGCAAACAAAGCUCGAUUGGAUCUCUGAAAGCAUGUUGCUUGAAGACACUUUAUGAUCAUUAACCCAGGUGGCAUGUGUAGUGGCAUGUGUAUCUCUCUCUCUCUCUCUCUCUCUCUCUAAGUGCCAUAUCGAUUGACUUUGGCGAUCAUGCUAUUCC